CUCUCUCUCUCUCUCUCUCUCUCUCUCUCUCUCUCUCUCUCUCUCUCUCUCUCUCUCUCUCUCUCUCCCCCUCUCCCUUGACAUGUGCUUGCUGCCUGCAGGUUUCUUCUAACUCUCCCUCUCAGCAGGACAGAUUCUGUCCCCUUUCCCUCUCUUCUGCUCUGUUUACAGCUAUCCCCAGCCUCCACCCGCUAACCCCACCCUCCACCAGCUCACCCCUGCCCCAUCUCCACCCGUCUGCCCCGGACCCCUGCUGCUCCUCCUAAUAGUGUUCAGAUCCUGUUUCUCCUCCUUCUCCUCCCUCCUCUGAAACACUGACUUCAUUCAUUCCCUUUGUGGCAUUCCCCUCCUCUGCUCCCUCUCUCCCUCUCCCUCCCUUCUGUCUUGGGACUUGACUACCGGGAGACCACGUCCCCUGUGUUACUGGACUACAGGAAGACCACGUCCCCUGUGUUACUGGACUACAGGAAGACCACGUCCCCUGUGUUACUGGACUACAGGAAAACCAGGAACGGGAGAGAGAUCUUGUGUAAUCUCUUGCCUUGCUUGAGCAUCAGACUCCCCUCCUCUCCUCCCUCUCCUCUCUCCUCCUCUCUCCCCCUAUCCUUUCUCCUCCUCUUCUCUCUCCUCUCCUUUCUCCUCUUUCCUCUCCUGCUCUCCUCCUCUCCUCUUCUGUCUCUUGAGACUGGCCAGAGGACAUCUGCUGCCCAGAGAGACGGACGAGUUAGGAAACGCUUGUGGAUUGGAUUACUUAGACGAGCAGCCAAGAGAGACCAGCAGAGACCAGGAGAGACCAGGAGAGGAGCAGGGUUUGAGAGAGGAGAGGUCCGGGCUCCAUGGCGGCCCCUCUCGCUCUGCUGCUGUUUCUCCUGGUUCUGGCCCCUGAGAGCCGGGCUGCCAGGAGGCUUGUGAAGAGAGGUCUCCACCAGAAGGACUACGAGUACCCCAACCAGGCCCUCCCUGCGGGCCACCAGAAGAACGACCGCUGCCCGCCGCCGCCACAGAGGCUCCCGGAGAGGGCCUGCGAGGCCCCGGGCUGCCGCUCCGACUCAGAGUGCGAGCGCCACAAACGAUGCUGCUACAACGGCUGCAUCUACGCCUGCCUGGAGUCCGUUCAGCCGCCGCCAGUUCUAGACUGGCUGGUGCAGCCCAAGCCGCGGUGGCUGGGGGGAAACGGCUGGCUGCUGGACGGGCCAGAGGAGGCACUGCAGGCCGAGGCGUGCAGCACCACGGAGGACGGGGACGAGCCGCUCCACUGCCCCACGGGGUACGAGUGCCACAUCAUCAGCCCCGGGAACCCAGCGGCCGGCGUCCCCAACCGGGGCCAGUGCAUCAGGCAGCGCGGGAACUCAGACGGACGAAACCUGAGACACAAAUACUUCAAGGACUACAAGGAUUACUACGGUAGGAAGUGACACCAACAACGCAGUAGGCUACGAGAAGCCCCACCACAGGAACCUGGGCUGAAGAGCCCCCCACAGACCCAGCCCUCCUGUCUCCGUCUGGGGACCCCCUGGACCACCCUGGACCACCCUGGGCCCACCCUGGACCACCCUGGACCCCGAAGGACCCCCCCAGGACCACCCUGGACACCCCUGAAACCCCUGGACCCCCCUGGACCCGGCAGACCCAGCCCUCUUGUCUCCGUCUGGGGAUCACCCUGGACCACCCUGGACCCCACAGGACCCCGGUCCCCCCCACUCAUUCCCCGGCCCCUUCGCCCCCCCCCCCCCUCCCCUCGCCCCCUCCCCCCCGCCCCCUCCAUGGACCCCGACGGCCCCUCGUCACAUGCGGAGCCCCUCACAUUCGAUUGUUCGCAAUGUGAAUAUUUUCUGACCAAAGAACCAUUAGCAGGACUUUAAAUACCUGGUGGCCAGGUCAUGGACAGCGAGGACAUGGAGGUCAGUCCAGGGAUGUUCUGACUUCAUCUGAUCUCAGAAAUAGAUCUAUUCUUGACAUCUUUCCUCCUCUUUUGGUCUCCUACUCUUCUACUCUCUCCUCUCUUCUACUCUCUCCUCUCCUCUCUCUUCCUCUCCUCCUUUCCUCUCUCCUGUUCUCUUCUCUCUUCCCCUCUCCUAUUGUCUCUUCUCCUCUCUUCUCCUCUCUCUCCUCUCCUUUUUCCUCUCCUCUCCUCUUCAACCCACAGCUAAAUUUAAAAGACAUGAUGACAUUCAUUUUUCUGGAUUAAUGUUUUUUCAAAUAUUGCUAAAUUUCAAAGCUGGGGCGAUAACCCUGGGUCCACAUUUACAUUUUAACCAAAUACAUCUCCUGAUCGAACGAUCAUUUUAAUCAAGUCAUAUCCAUGAUCCAAUAUAAAUAGAAACCCUAGUUAUAUCCCGAGGUAUAUAGGAGUGUUUCUGACUGGAUACUGACGCCGACACAAUGAAGCUAUAACCAACGACAUGUAAGAAAGUCAUUUCUGUUCCUCUGUGACGACGCCAGGGGUGCUGCGUGGGCCCCCAGCCUCAGAGCGGACACUGAGCUGCUCUGUGGAGAGAGAGCUGACGGGUCGAGGCUGACCAAUGGUGCUAUCAGAAAUAAAACUCAUCAUACGCAGGAAA